GACCGAAUGGUUAAGGGUUUCAAUCAUCUCCAUUUCUUCUUGCAAGCCAUCAGAGCUGACCAACACUUGUCACAACUCUCUCUUUCAAUAUGUCUUCAUUCAUCUACAGCUUUGCCCAGAUCGAUAAAUUUUAAAGGCUGUCUAUUCAUCUAUCAAUUUUCAUUAUAGAAGAGGAAGAUUAACUCUCUAAUCAGUAAGAAAGUUUGAAACUGUCUGCCAAACGCUGGAUUUCAUGUUCGUGGAAGACGCAUGACCUGUGAAGUGAAGAUUCAUCAUUAUAAAUUUAUACAGUAGAAUCCGAUGAAGAAGCAAAAUUUGACGACAGUGAGUAUAUGCUUCGUCUUUUUUGUGUUCUUCUUCAUGUUCCAGAGCAAGUACGUUUCUCUCGUAUCGAAUUCAAAGGUGUCACGCUCAACGAUAAUCGAUCAAGGUAAAAAGGAUUUGGUAUCUAAAUCAACAAAGAACUGGGUGUUGGAUCACCAUUCUCCACCACCUUUACACUCCCCGCGAGGAAGGCUAAUUACUUGCGACCGAUCUCAUCAAUAUUAUGAUUUAUGCUCAAUCAACGGUCCUACCGUUCUCGACCCUGCAACCUCUACUUUCUUCCUUCAGGGUCCCUCUACCAUGACCUUCCCAUCAAUGUUUAAGGAAAAGAUUAGGCCAUACCCUCGGAAAUUUGAGAAUUUUGUAAUGAAGGGAAUCAAGGAGCUGACCAUAACCUCAGCCCCACAAAGGCCAAAAUGUGAAAUUCAACACAAUGUUCCAGCUCUAGUAUUCAGCGCAGGUGGGUAUACCGGAAACUUUUGGCAUGAAUUCAAUGACGGGUUUAUUCCCCUCUUUAUCACCGUCAGUUCAGUCUUUCCUGAUCAAGAUUUUGUUCUUGUUAUCAGCAAAGCUCGUCAUUGGUGGGUUAACAAGUAUGCAGAGUUGUUACAAGCUUUUAGUAAGCACCCUAUAAUAAAUCUUGAUAAUGACACCGUCGCUCAUUGUUUUACUUCUGCCACUUUAGGCCUUAUUUCACAUGGAUUUAUGAAUAUAGACCCUGCAUUAAUUCCAAAUUCAAGAACGUUCAUUCAUUUCCGUGCUUUCUUAGAAAAAGCCUAUGGUUCCCAUGGUCAAAUCCAUCCCUCCAAGAACAAUUCUCCGUUGGUUCGACCACGGCUCGUGUUGGUGAGUCGUAGAGAUAGCCUUGGACGUGUCAUAAAUAAUGAGGCUAAAGCUAAACUUGUCUUGGAAAAAAUAGGUUUUGAUGUGAUUGUGUUUGAGCCAAAUCCCGGCACUCCAUUGAACGAAGCUUAUGCGAUUAUAAAUUCAAGUCACGCGAUGGUUGGGGUACAUGGUGCAGCACUUACACAUUCAUUGUUUCUCCGGCCGGGGUCGGUGUUCGUGCAGGUGGUGCCACUAGGGCUCGACUGGGUGGCGCAGGUGUGUUUUGCGAAGUCAGCUAGGGCUAUGAGAUUGGAGUAUAUGGAAUAUAAGAUCAAAGCAGAAGAGAGUAGCUUGGUAGAAAAGUAUAAUAAGAAUGAUUUACUGAUAAAGGACCCAGUUGCAUUUCGAGGGAAGAAUUGGUCAGAGGAUAUUAUGAACAUAUAUUUGAAGGAACAGAACGUCAAUUUUGAUUUGGUUAGAUUUGGAGAAUAUUUUAAACAAGUGUAUAAGAAGGCCAAGCAAUUUAUGGACAAGGAGAGAUAGUUUUAUGUGAAAAUUUGUUCUUAGACAAUAAAAAAAAUGAUAAAUUUUUGGAUGAA